AUGGCGCCAACAACUUCAUCUCUCGUGACAAAAGUGAAAGUCCAGCUCAAACUAUCGAUAGCCCGGCUGCGCAUGGUCCAGAAGACAGACGAAGCCCUUGGCAAAACUGCCCGGCGAGACAUGGCACGGCUACUCGAGGCUGGCAAGAUCGACUCUGCCCGGAUUCGCGUCGAGAACAUCAUCCGGAGCGAUAUCACGACCGAACUUCACGAGAUCCUCGAGCUGUACUGCGAAUUGCUCCUGGCGCGUGCCGGCCUGCUGGAGGGACCGACCUGUGACCCGGGGAUGGAGGAAGCUGUCAAGAGCAUCAUCUACGCCGCACCCAAGACAGAGAUCAGGGAGCUACAGAACGUACGGGCACUCCUGGGCGAGAAGUACGGGAAGCAGUUCAUCCUCGAGGCGAUGGAGAACACAAAUGGCAGGGUCAACGAAAAGGUCGUCAAGAAGCUGAGCGUGACGCCGCCGAGGGAGGAGCUGGUGCAGGGCUACCUGGAGGAGAUAGCGAAAGCGUAUGGGGUUAACUGGCCGAAGAAGGAGCUCGGAGAGGCGCCACCAGAGUUCCUUGGCGAUGAUGACGACAACCCAAGUGGCGGUCAGGCCCAGAAGAACUUGGAGCUGCCACUUGUUACCGACCCCAGUUCAGAAGACAGCAAGGAGGCCGAGGCGCAGGAGGAGCUGAGCAAGGCCACGCCGCCGAGGACAAUUGGACCCAACAAUCCUUUACGAGUCACGCCUUCGAGCCCGUCCUCGGAGAACCCACACCCCAAAGUUACGUUAAACCAGUUGGAGCUGACGCCGAACAAGAAGAUGCAAGAGGCCAAAGCCGCCGCUAAACCAACACCAAAGAAGGGCGAUAUAAGCGACGGGAUACCGGAUGUGGAUGAGCUCUCAAAGAGAUUUGCUGCGCUGAAGAGAUGA